AUGGGCGCGGGCUGGGAGUGUCUCGCAUUUGUGUUCCGUGCGCUCCUUACACGGAACCAGAGCAGCGAUGGUUACAAUACCGCCUUCAACCUCCUGUUCUACCUGGCUCCUCUAUGGAUCAACGCAUUCAUAUACAUGACUCUCGGCCGGCUGGUCUAUUUCUUCUUACCGGAUCGGCGACUGGCUGGCAUCUCUGCCACAAAAUAUGGCGUGAUCUUCAUUUGGCUAGAUGUCGUUUCCUUUAUCGUCCAGGCAGCGGGCGCUAUCAUCAGCUCGCCCACCGACGUAUCCACGCGGAUUGUCAUGAUCGGUGUGCAUAUUUACAUGGGUGGUAUUGGCCUGCAGCAGCUAUUCAUCAUCGUUUUCACCGUUCUUUGCAUCCGUCUGCACCGCCAACUGCACGUCCUCGAACAAACCCGUGGAUUUGAACUGGGGAAGGCGGAUGGAAGCUCCCGGCCGUGGAGAUGGCUCUUCUACGCAAUAUAUUUUGGCCUGGUCAUGAUUACCGUCCGGAUCAUCUUCCGUCUCUGUCAGUUCAGCCGUGGCACCGAUCCGAAUAACCCGGUUUUGACGCAUGAGUUCUACGAAUAUGUCUUUGAUGCGGUCCCUAUGCUACUUGCGUUGGUUGCACUCAAUCUGAUCCACCCUGGUAUGGUUCUGCGGGGACCGGAUUCGGAAUUUCCACGCAUCAGUCGCAAGGAAAAGAAGCGUCUCAGGAGGGAGAAGAAAGAGAGAAAGAAACAGGCAAAGUUGAGUGGAUCUGAUGGUUCUCAUGGCGUUGGAUUUGAGUCACUCUCUAUCCAAGAGAGUGGAGCGUGGGAAGAUCGGGGUACUCUGGGAGGGUCGCGGAGUGUGGUUGUUUAG